UCUCUAGAACACACACUAGAACACACACAUUGCACAGUGUUCUUACUCUUCUCAAUCUCCUGUGACAACAACCAAUGCUGGACGCGAAGAAAGGUUGUUAACGAGUGAAAAAGAAUCAUUGUUCAAGUUUACGAGAAAAAAUGGGUGCGAAGAAUUCGAAAAAAUCAAUGUCGGGUCGAUAUUCGUCCUACGGAUCAUCGAGUUCAAAUUCAUGGAACCAUCAGCCCCAUGCGCAGUCACCAUAUGUUCAGCGGAGUCAAAGCUAUGCACCUCCACAUGCAAACUAUGGCCCACCACCCACCGAGCCUAAUAGGAAACCGGAUAAGAAAUACUCGAGAAUAGACGAUAAUUACCAUACCUUAGAUCAGGUUACUGAUGCCCUUGCACGCGCUGGUCUGGAAUCCUCAAAUUUAAUUGUUGGUAUCGAUUUCACGAAGAGCAAUGAGUGGACGGGUGCCAGAUCAUUUCAGCGGAGAAGUUUGCAUCACAUUGGAGAUGAGCAAAAUCCAUACGAACAAGCCAUAUCAAUUAUUGGAAGAACAUUAUCCAAAUUCGACGAAGAUAAUUUAAUUCCCUGUUUCGGAUUUGGAGACGCUUCAACGCACGACCAAGAAGUCUUCAGCUUUUUCUCAGACGAUAGAUUUUGUGAGGGUUUUGAGGAAGUGAUGAGUCGGUAUAGAGAACUAGUUCCUCAAUUACGACUUGCAGGCCCCACAUCAUUUGCUCCUGUUAUCGAAAUGGCUAUCACUAUAGUCGAACAGAGUGGUGGCCAGUACCAUGUUUUACUCAUUAUAGCCGAUGGACAGGUCACAAGAAGUGUUGACACUGAUCGUGGUCAGUUAAGUCCCCAAGAGAAGAAAACUGUGGAGGCAAUUGUCAAAGCAAGUGAGUACCCAUUGUCAAUAGUAGUAGUGGGAGUUGGAGAUGGACCAUGGGAUAUGAUGAAGGAAUUCGAUGAUAAUAUACCUGCUCGAGCAUUCGACAAUUUCCAGUUUGUGAACUUCACAGAAAUAAUGUGGAAAAACAUGGAUCGAUCCCGGAAAGAAGCUGAGUUUGCACUUUCGGCUUUAAUGGAAAUACCUUCACAAUAUAAAGCCACAUUGGAGCUCAACCUUCUCGGUGUUUCGAGAGGAAAGGUUAUAGACCGGGUCCCACUUCCACCUCCUUCGUACGGUGCAGCUUCUUUUAAAACGGGGAAACCUUCUAGGUCGAACAGUUUCGGUCCAAGUGCACCUUCUUCUAGCGUACAUGAUCCAGUGCCUCGCAGCCCUUCUAGAAGCAAUGAUGCUUCUGAAAACCAUCUUUGCCCCAUCUGUAUUACCGAACCCAAAAAUAUGGCGUUCGUCUGUGGACACCAGACAUGUUGUGGAUGUGGAGAAACAAUCUCGUUGUGUCCAAUUUGCCGAGUACCCAUUGAGACAAGGAUCAGGCUCUACUAAAAUGAAUUUCGAAAAUAAAGUUCUCCAUGCUUAAAAAUCUGCAAUGGCUUACCUACAUAUGAUGGCUCAGUCGCCAUUGCAUUAUAAUUAAUUUGUUUCCAAAUAUAUAGUUUCUUUAGUGUCUUAUGUAAAUAUGCUUUAAUAAUUCAAUAUCGUUCUUCUUCACGAAUAACAGUAGUUAUUAUUUUAUUUUUUUACAGUCAAACUAACUCUCGAUAUAUUGGAAUUUUUUCGAAUAAUAUCGUUUUUUGAGCUGUGUUUUUGCAUA